CGCUCCUCUCCGGCGGCCGCUCUGUGUUCCCGGCAAACUCGGUGGCGGAGGUGAAAGGUGAGGAAGAUGGCGGCCGCCUUUAUGGAGGAAGAGGUGGACAACGAUGACUACUACGCGCUGCUAAACGUCAGGAGGGAGUCAAGUUCCCAGCAACUGUCUGAGUUUUUCAGGCGCUGCUGUAACAUUUUCCACCCGGAUCGUGAUCGCUCCCCGGAGCUGAAGAACGGGGAGAGCCGUAUGUUAACACUGCUUCACUAAUUAUUUGAAGUGCUUAGUGAUCCACAGUCAAGAGCCAUCUAUGACAUAUAUGGGAAGAAAGGACUGGAGAUGGAAGGAUGGGAGGUGGUGGAAAGGAAAAGAACCGCCGCGGAGAUAAGGGAAGAGUUCGAAAGACUACAAAGGGAAAGGGAAGAGAGACGACUUCAGCAGAGGACAAACCCCAAGGGAAUAAUAAGUGUCGGGAUUGAUGCUACGGAGCUGUUUGAUCGCUAUGAAGAAGAAUUUGAGGACUUGCCAGGAAGCGGCUUCCCCCAGAUUGAAAUAAAUCGUAUGCACAUCUCUCAGUCUAUUGAGGUAUUUACACCGAUCAUUUCUCUAGAAAUGCAGUCCUAUAUUUCAUAUGGGUUUUAUCUUUCUUCUGUUUUUAAGGUGGAGUUCGGAGCUGGAGAUCUGCAGGGACCUCUCUUCGGAUUAAAGUUUUUUCGGAAUCUCACUGCAAAAUGUUUCUUCACUACAAACUGUGUACUGCAGUUCUCCUCGCGGGGGAUGAGGCCCGGCCUCACGACAAUGCUGGCGCGGCAUCUAGACAAAAACACAAUGGGUUACGUGCAGUGGCGGUGGGGUAUCCAGUCGGCUAUGAACACCAGUAUUGUGCGGGACACAAAGACCAGCCACUUUACGUUGGCGUUACAGCUUGGAAUCCCGCACUCCUUCGUAAUGGUCAGCUACCAACACAAAUUUCAAGACGAAGAACAGACGCGAGUGAAAGGAUCUAUAAAGGCUGGACUUUUCGGGACCUUGGUUGAGUAUGGAGCAGAGAGGAAAAUUUCCAGGCACAGUGUUUUAGGAGCCACAGUCAGUAUUGGCGUGCCGCAAGGGGUGUCUCUAAAGGUCAAGUUGAAUAGAGCCAGCCAGACAUAUUUCUUCCCUAUCCACCUGACCGAUCAGCUCCUUCCCAGCGCCGUGUUUUAUGCCACCAUAGGGCCCCUCGUUAUCUAUGUGGCCAUGCACCGGCUUAUUAUCAAGCCGUACCUCAAGGCGCAGAAAGAGAAGGAGCUGGAGAAGCAGUGGGAAAGCUCGGCGUCGGAUAUAUUGCAGAAGAAGCAAGAGGCGGAGGCGGCCGUGCGUUUAAUGCAGGAGUCUGUACGGAGGAUAAUUGAGGCUGAAGAAUCGAAAAUGGGACUGAUCAUAUUAAACGCCUGGUACGGUAAAUUUGUUACGGACAAUAGCCGGAGGAACGAGCGAGUGAAGGUGAUCGAUGUGACCGUCCCUUUGCAGUGUUUGGUGAAAGACUCAAAGUUAAUCCUCACAGAAGCUUCAAAGGCUGGACUGCCCGGUUUCUAUGACCCGUGUGUUGGGGAAGAUAAAAGCUUGAAGAUCCUCUACCAGUUCAGAGGAGCGCUCCAUCAAGUCAUGUCUGCAGACAAUGAGGCACUUAGGAUACCAAAGCAAUCUCACAAGAUUGAUGUGGACGGCUAGCCUUUUCCAGAAAUCAGAGAGACACAUGGGGCUCAAAGCUGUGCCAGGCCGGAAACCUUCCCAGGAUUCUUUUCACCGGAGUCUGAAUGUUCCAAUAGAUUAUUAUUAUUAUUUUUUUUUUAUGGUUAUACAUAUUAAAGGGAUUUCAGGAUAUAACAUAUCUUCAUGAUAUGCAGAUAAAGUGACUCUUGUUUUA